CCGCCAAAUGCAAAAGUGACAUUUUGACUUCUGAAAUAGAUGUAAUGUAUGUAAUUUAUCAGAUCUAAUGCGUCUUACUUCGAAUAAUCAAGAAUGUCUGCACACCAAGGAAGUUCAUCUUCUCAAUCCUCUAGAGCAUUUAUUGAAAGAGCGAACAGUAGCUUGCCACUAAAGCUCACAACUGAAGAUAUUGAGAGCAGUCCACAGUUUGUUCAACUCCUAUCUUCUCUCUCACGUCACCUGACACCAGAGGGUGUCAGUGUCACAAAAGACAAGGAUCUUAAAGAGGCCCAGGACUCUCUAAAGCAUGAAAAGCAUCUUUGGUUGACUGCACAUAUUCUGCAUCUAGAGUUGCAGGAGUUGGUAUUGGACAAUGAAUUGAAGAGUCUUGAGAUAGCCCCCAGCUCUUCUCAAGCACAGUAUGAAAAGGCUGUAAAGCAAAAUCUGUCACUGAAUGAAGUUGCUGACUAUAUUGACUGUGAUGUGGACCCAUGUAGAGGGGCAGCAUUAUUGGGCCUCACUAAGCAAGAAGUCUUAAGAAAUAACCCCCACAGGAAGAAUAUGAAGGGUAUACAGCAGAAACUGAUUCCCCAGCUAGAAGAGAGAUUGCGGCAGAAAUGCGACAACUUGGUGACUUUCCAUCAAACAUCGACAACUCAAGAUACAGAAGAGAUGACCUAUGCCAAGGCAUCCCAACUGCCUACAUUUAUAGAGGCAGAUAUAAGAGGUUUGGAGGCUGAGAAGAGCAUGUUAAAGAAAGACAGAUCCAACAGGGAGGCACAAUUCUGGAUGUACUAUAAGGCUUUGAUGGAGAGUAUGGGUGUACUGGAGGAACUACUGGGCACAUACAGGCUGCAGUCUCAGAGCGAAAUUGACCUCAUUAACAGUGAAUGGCUUGUAGCACGGGCAGAUGCACUAGAGCUGAAGCUAAAGUUACUAGAUGUUGAACUGCAGUGUGAGACCUAUUAUGAUGCAACUGUUAAAGCACUCACUACUAUACGACGUCAUUUGGAUGUUGCAUUGCAUGAUGGGAAAAAGGAGAAGCGCCAUCUGGAGGACCAGUUACAAACUUAUAAUGCAGUUGGGAUGGGAUUUGAUGACAUUGUGUCUGAGUAUACUAAACUCAAAUCAGACAUUGAGAAUAAAACAUGGGCACUUGAAGCCUUUAACAAAUACAACAAGUAAUGUUUACAGGGGUGUUACAACUCACAAGGAUAAACGCAAGGCAAGAAAAAUGAAAAUAGGCAAGUUUAGUCUACAUGUGAAUGAGGUUCAUGUUUUUGAUCAAUACAUUUGUAAAUUAUUGGUGAGCUAAUACUGCCUCACUUGCCUUAUAACUGGCUACACUUAUCGUUUAUAUCACCGCUAAAGGACUGAUAUAUUGUUGUGUACCAUUUGCAUUCGUUUGACUUC